UGCCGGAGCGCCAGUUAGCAUAGACCACAGCUAAGAAAGCAUCUAAGCGGCGCACGUUAAAUAACCCGAGAUAUUCCCCGAGCGCAUGUUCUGACCGCCAACCGCGUCGUCCUCCCCGCGGCUUCGGAUGAUGCGGAGCCCCGCGCCGGCGUCCGGCGGCCGGAAAUCCAGCGCCUCCAGCCGGAACCCUAGCACCACCAGUCGGAACCCUAGCAGCACGAGCCGGAAGUCCCAGGACGGCUGGGACAGCUCUCGGAGCUCCACCUCCUCGGUUUCUUCAUCAGGCGGCAGCAAGUCGUCGUCCUCGUCCGGCAGGAACCCGGUCAAGAUCGCAGCCUGGGCGUUCGGGUCCUGCUUCGUCCCGCCGGUGGAGAGGUCGGAGAAGGGCGAUUUCUCGGAGGGCUUCAAGCCACCUUCUCUCACCCCAUCGCCUAGUGCAUAUGGAAGCUCUUGUGGAAGCUCUUGUGGAAGCUCCCGUGGAAGCUCUUAUGCUGCCGAGAAGAGGCGAUCGGGCAGAGGAAUAUAUAAUAGUAAUUCAGGAAAUACUUCACAGAAAGAGCCUGGAGGUACGAGAUUCACCAUGGUGGAGAUCCGGAAAGCGACUAGGAAUUUCUCCCCAGCUUUGGAGAUUGGACGUGGGGGCUCUGGGGUAGUCUAUAAAGGCCAACUAAAUGAUGGCACACUUGUUGCAGUUAAGCGUGCCAAAAAGAAUGUGCACGAUAACCGUCCAAGCAUGGAAUUCCAGAGUGAGAUUCAGACUUUGGCGCGUGUUGAGCAUUUGAAUCUGGUUAGGUUCUAUGGGUAUUUGGAAUAUGAGGACGAGAAGAUUAUUGUUGUUGAAUAUGUUCCUAAUGGAACUCUUCGAGAACAUCUUGACUGUCAACAUGGAAAACCUCUGGACCUUGCUGCACGGCUGGAUAUUGCAAUCGAUGUUGCUCAUGCUCUUACAUAUCUUCAUAUGUAUUCAGAUCAGCCUAUCAUUCAUAGAGAUAUCAAAUCCUCCAACAUUCUUAUAACGGAUAAUCUCCGUGCUAAGGUUGCUGAUUUUGGGUUUGCACGACUUGGUGUGGCUGAGUCUGGAGUUUCCCAUGUUUCAACCCAAGUAAAAGGGACUGCAGGCUAUUUAGAUCCAGAAUAUCUUAAAACUUAUCAACUCACAGAGAAGAGUGAUGUCUUCUCAUUUGGUGUUUUGCUGGUGGAAUUGCUAUCUGGGAGGCGCCCCAUAGAAGCACAAAGGGAUCUCAAGGAACGGGUUACAGCAAAAUGGGCAAUAAAGAAAUUUACGGAAGAGAAUGCAAUACAAAUAUUGGACCCAAAUCUAUCACCAAGCCCUGCUACCAAUCUGGCAGUGGAACAGAUACUUGAGCUCGUAUUCCAGUGCUUAGCUCCAGACAGACAGAGAAGACCCAGCAUGAGGAGGUGUGCAGAAAUCUUAUGGAGCAUACGUAAAGACUACAGAAAGUUGUCGUCUCUGGAUUCCUUCUCCCAAUCAUCCUAUCAAAGAAACAGUUCUCUUAUCCACAACAACAAAGAGAAGAGCUGACGAGGGGAAAUUUUAUGUUGUGGAAGAUCUAAUUUACUUUUGGAGAAGUUCAGAAUACCAAGUCUGGGAUCACUCAAAUGUGACAGUUGAUCAGAUGUUCUUGCUAUUUAGUGUUUGACAAGUGUCAAGAUGUUUUUUUUUUUUUGGAGGGGGCUGGGGGGAUUGUAUUCAUGGUACUUAGGCAAUUGUGUAUGCUUUUUGAGUAGGGAAGUAUGACAAUUCGAAUUCUGCUUGAUUUUUUUUCCUUUGUGAUCUGUUACUAUAAUGGAGGAGGUAUAUGGUGAAAACAAUAAAGCUGUAUAUUUUUUUUGUACAUCCA